CUAAUGGAAAAAAGAUCUUCUUCUUUGUCAUAUUAUCUUUGAAUUGAUUAGGGUCCAACAAAAUAUUCUCUAGACUCCAUCUGCUCAUGUGGGUAGUUCUGAUUAGAAUACUGAGAAUGGAAAUUCCAUUGUAAUGCCAUGCAGAAAUGCAUGUGCAUAAACAUGACACAUUGGGAAGGCCAAUGGCAUAACUAUAAGAAUUAAUGCAAGUGCACUGGCAGAUAGAAUCUUCAGCUUGUGGGGUCUUGAACCCACUUCCCAUUGGCCACAUGAUUUGGUCUACACAAAAUAGCCAACCCAAAUCUUGUAACUUUCUCUAUGUUUCUCUCUACCUGCCUCAAUCUCAGGCACUUAUAGAGGCUUCCAAGACACAUAUCAAAUAGUCACACCACACAUUCUGAAAAGAGCACCUUCUCUCACUUCCUCCUCACUGCCAGAGUAAUCUAAAUCAAGUUCUUUGAAGAAAGAUCACAAAAAUGAAGUUACUUGGUUGGAUGCAUCGCAAGUUAAGGCCUAGUGAAGCACUCAAGGAUUUUGCCAUCGAGAAGCCAUCACUGGAUGAGCAGCAGUACGACAUGAAGGCAAACUAUGGUACUAAGACCUUAGGCAAAUCACAGAAAUACAACCAUCUUCAAAAAUCAUUUGCCAUAGAAGAAGAUGACUUGGAAGAAGAGCCAUCGGCUGCGAUUUCUCAGCUCUUCCAUGGCUUCUUUACCAUUGGUACUCUUGGUUCAGACACAGUCAUGGCUGACCCAUCAUCAACACCAACAUUCGCCAUCUCUGUUGAGAACAUAAGUGAAAAAGAAACAGAAGUAACAGAGCAUGAUUUGAAGCUGAUUAAUGAUGAGUUGGAGAAGGUGCUAGGAGUUCAAGGUAAACAAGAUGGUUGCAAUGACUCAUCUGGGAGAAACAGUCAUGUUAGCACCAUUACACUUUGUGGCAAGACAUUGGAAGGCACAGAGACCAGUGGGAACAGAACAACAAUCUGUCCACUCCAGGGCUAUCUGCUUGGGUCAGUAAUUGAGUUGCCAGAAACAAAGAAGGAACAUCGAACAUCGCUUGGGGAGCUGUUUCAGAGGACAAAAAUGACAGAGGAAAAUUCUGUCACUAAAUGCAAGAGCGGAGAAAAGAAGGCAGACAAGGAAACAAAUAAAUCUGCUAUACGUCUCAUGAAAAAGAUACUGAAGAAAAGAAUGGUCCAUGAUUCCUCUCGGACCUCCACCACAGUGACUGGGGGAAAUGUUAUCUCUGCUUCAAUGGAGACGAAACUGCAUAAGAUCCUCCACUUGUUCCAUGAGAAAGUCUAUCCUGAAAACUCAACUUCUGCAUGGAAAUCAGAUAAGCCCCAUAAGAAUGAACCGAAGAACAUCACCUAUGAGGAGGGGUACUAUAACGGAGAUUAUACGCACCCAGGGGAAGAUAUCAUAAUAUUUCCCCAUACAGCCCUUUCAAAAGAGAGCAUACGAUGCUUCAGGAGACACUCAAACCCAUCACAACUCACAAUCAGUGGAAGCAAUUCAAAUGGGAACAGCGAAAACUGGAUCAAUACAGAUGCAGACUACUUCGUGCUGGAGCUAUAGAAGGAAGAAGCACUCUUAAAGUGCGGUUAUGAUAUAUUGGCAUUAAACAGUAAGUAGUGUAUUAAGGUUCUCAUCGUGGGCAAUUGUUGCCAGUAAUAUCCGGGUGGUUAUUUUCUAUUAAGAUUGAGAAGGACAAAAGAAUAAAAGAGGGCCCCCUCUUAAUUCCAGUGAAUAAUCAAUAUUGAUUGAGGUCUAGCUAUGUUAGUGGACAUGAUUCAGUUAUUCUUAAUGUAAUGUUUGAUAAUGUUGGUGUCA